AUGAAUUUGAAGAUGGAUUCUGACAGAGCAAAGCUGUUCAUAGGUGGCAUUUCUCGUGAAACCACCGAAAAUGUUCUCAAAUUCCACUUCGCCAAGUACGGCACCGUUUUGGACUCCACAAUCUCUGUAGACCGCUGCACACGGUGCCCUAGAGGUUUCGGCUUCGUCACUUUCUCCGAUCUGUCCGCCGCGGAUCAAGCCCUCCAAGAUACGCAUGUCAUUCUCGGAAGAACGGUUGAAGUGAAGAAAGCAAUUCCCAGGAGUGAACAACAACUACACCAGAACCAUUUGCACAAUAGAGGGGGAAGUAACUAUAAUAGUAGUUGUGACUGUAGCAGUGACACCAACGUUAGGACUAAAAAGAUUUUUGUGGGGGGUUUACCUGCUGGUAUAUCGGAGGAGGAGUUUAAGCAAUACUUUGAGAGGUUUGGUCGGAUAACUGACGUUGUGGUGAUGCAGGACAGUCUCACUCACCGACCUAGGGGGUUUGGGUUCAUCACGUUUGAUUCCGAGGAAUCGGUUCAAAACGUUAUGGUGAAGAGUUUUCAUGACUUGAAUGGUAGACAGGUGGAGGUCAAGAGGGCUGUUCCCAAAGAGGGGAACCCUGGGUAUGAUGGUUUUAGUAAAUUGAGAAAUAAGAGUGAAAGAGGAGUUCCUAAGAGUUUUCCUCCUUAUAGUCCUAGGAACAUGCUUCCGGGUUUUGCUCCUUUACCGUGGUAUAGUGGUGAUGGAGUAUAUGCAUAUGGUUCUAAUGCUUACGGUUGCUGGUACCCUAUGGGUGGGUAUGGGGGGAAUGGAUAUGCAAUUCCGUCUGAUGCUUCUAGAAACUUCUGGUACGGGCCAAUGAUGCCUGGUCAUCCUCAGGCAUGUCAGUUGCCUUAUGCUAGUGGUCUUCCAAACGUAGCGUAUGUCGGUGGUAGGAUUGGAAUAGUAGGUAGUGGUGGAGGAUCUUGGGGGCAUGGUGGAAUUCUUGGGUCUGCAACAAAUUUGAAAUUUGAUCAACCUUUUAAUGGUAACGGAUUUAUUCCAGGUAGUGCGACAUUGCCUCAUGGUGUAAAGCAGGAUGUUGUGGACUCUUCGAGUUUGAAAGGAAGCAAUGGUGAAAUAUCUAGCUGA